CACAGCUGGUUACCAUGUGCCUUGAGCUUUGGUGACAGCCAAGGUGAGUGUGCUUGCAUGAGGCAGUGCGAUUUUAUGGUCUUGCCAGAUGUUUGAGUGUGGUUGUGUAGGACCCGGGCUGCACUAGUGAACUUUUGUUUAAACCGUAUGUCUAUUACGUGUUCAACUAUGUGCUUUGAAUGAUUCUGUGUGAAAUGACAUGUGAUUACCAGAGUGCAUCAGGGUGUCACUUGGUGGCGGUCUAUCCCUUUAAAGACUUCUGGGAUGAGCAUUCAUUUAAAGUAUGUUUGUGAUUGUGGGGCUGUGGGUUGUUUCAGCAUUUGGUACUGUCCGCUCUCAUGCAUGAUGCCCGCGGGAGGCCCUGUGAGUGUUGAUGGCAUUUCUGUCCUGUUUGCCUCUCUGUCUUCCUGGUGUUAGUUAGCAAGGGUCUUUAGUGUCCCCCAUUUGCUCCCUCCAUUUCCUGCAAAUAGCUCAAGGACCCGAGAGAGACCCACCACCCAAACAGCCUGGCUUGCAGAAGCAGCACCCUGUGGUUCUAGCACCUGGCCCCUGUAGAGAGCCUUCGCUUAGUGCUGGGCGAGUUUCUACCUGGGAGGGCAAUUACUCAGAUCACUCUAGACAUGCAAAGCUCCUUUGGUUACCAAUAACGCUACUAGAACUUCAUCUAAACCUCUUGCUUUCCUUCAGAGCCAAAGAUAGAAAUUAUGAGCCUGCAAAUGCAGUCAGGCUCCCUUCUCCGCACCCCCCCCCGUGACUUUGCGGCCCACCUUGGGAGGGUCUGUGAGACCAAGGACAUCUGUAUGUAUGUGUAGAGCCCUGAGCUCGCUAGGAAGAUCCUGUUCAUGUAAAUGAUCACCUGUGUAUAUUUCCAUAUUUGUGUGUCUGCCUAAGAGCUCCAACCAAGAGUAGGAGGGGGGCUGUCUGUCCUAAGACAGAGCAAAGCUGGGCAGAGCUCUUCUCAGUGGAGUCAGGGUGAAACCUGGGAGGCAGUGAAGGGGACCGGGAUCUUAUGCUUUGGUAAUAAAUCUCGGCUACUGACUUUGGGAAGACCCUAGUUGCAAUGUCAAGACCCCCAGAAGUUAAAAUGUUUACCUGUCUGGGAUCCAGUUCUACUCUGUGCCCACCAUCAGCUCAGGACCCUUGAAAGCAGUAAGGGUCCAGGAGCCCCCAUUUACAUGCUGUUAGUUAGUUAACCUCCUACCCCCAUUCUCUCCUUUAGUGAGAUGCUCUUCUCCUUGCUGGGCUACUCGGUUUAUUUAUUUUUUAUUAACUUAUCAUGCGAGAGUCCUGGCCUUGGACUCACUAUGUAGCCUAGGCUGGACCCAAACCUACCUUAAGCUCUCCAGUCAUCAAUAUCCUGUGCUGUAGAUGGCUCUGCUCGAACGUGGAGAGCACUAUGGAGACCUCUCCUUUGCAGAGAGGCUUUUCUUGGGACUGGAGUCCACUGAUUGGAGCCCAAAGAAGGAGUCGUUGUCCACGGUGCUGAAGCGCGCUCCAGCCCUCCCCUUUCCUAUGCAGGCAGGAUUCCUCAGUUGGAUUGGGGUAGGGGAAGAGGCUGUACCUCUAUCAUAUUGGUUCAUUAUGCUGGCAGCAAAGUGGUCUUAAAGUUAUGACUCGGAGCAUCUUGAAUACACCCCGACUGUCACAGUCUCACCCCAAGCUCAAAGCAGUUGGGAAAGACAGUUUCUUAGUAGGGGUAGAGUAGGCUGUGCCCGCCCCCUUACCCUCUAAUUCUUCAUAUUCUUACCUGCCGAGCAGGGCUGUUUGGCAGCGCUGCUCAGCGGGGAAAGGCUGCAUCAGCGUCCAGCAGCAACCCAAUCUAAAAAGAGGCCGAGAAAGAACAGUACAAGCUGAGAUGAGCGUUGGGUCCUGACUGGCCAUGCCCCAGGGCCUGGGUCCAGGAUCUCUGGAGUCUUUGGCAGUUAAAGUAUCGUUCCUAGGGGUGGCGCGCCCCCGUGUGGCCAAACAGCCCUGUGUCUGAAACUGAUUCCUCGUGGGCACCGUUGGCAAUGGGUUCGAGUGGACAAGGUGUGGUGUUUCGUGGUAGUUGUCUCCUCUUAAUAUAGGCUCGCUCCCUUACCCUUCACACACACGGUGGAAGAAAUGGGAGCAUACAUCUUCUAUGGCCUUUCCCAGGAUUUUGAAGUGUUUGUAGGUGCUGGAAGGAUUUACAUAGGGUUUUAUUGAUAGCAAUAAGUCCUAGAAAGGGGUUUGCACAGAGAUUGAUGGAUGAAGGGGCUUCUACUUGCUAUAGUUGGCUGGGGGCCAGCAUGUGAUGGUUGAGUUUUUUUACGAAAGAAGACUCAAAGACAGGCAUAGUUUUGAAAGGGAUCGGGAGCCAGGAGGCAGCGAGCGCUUGGUUCGCUAAGCUAAUGUACUAUCCUUUCUCCUCCUUCCUGUUUUUCCUCCCAUUGGUCCAGGAAGUGUGGAGAGUUGCCAUGACAACUAUGUCCUCUCACCCCUGUAGCGUCCCUGUGCUAAUAUGGGAGGUGGGGGUGGGGAAACAGCCGGAAGAGGGGUUGAAGUGGAGCAUAAAGGGUAAAUAAGAUCUGUAGUGGCUCACAUCAGUAAUCUCCAGCACUUGGGAAGAUGACAGGAGGAUUGCCACGAAUUUGAGGCCAGCCUGAAUCUUGUCGCAAGUGCCAGACAACACCCGAUCUAAAAUAAACAAAUAAGUCAUUCAUCAUUCAGCCAUUCCAGGUUUUCUUUCAAAAUCCGUGUGUACCUCUUUUCCUUACCAGAAAUCCAGAAGACGUUUGGAGAGAAAGCUGGGAUGAGAGAACGCCCUGCCCCUCCGCCACACCCCCGUCUCUAAGAGCUUUGCGGGUGGGUGCAGAGUGCUUAAGAUGACCUGUUCAAGGUAUUCCUGUGAGGCCAGGAACCUGCAGCUGAAAGGCUCAGGGUCUGAGACACUCCCGGCUGUCAGUCUGGCCCUCUCGCACCACCCACUCUAAUGGGGGCGGCACCGCCCUCAGUCAGGGACCUUGGGGGCGGAGCUUGGACACUGUGCUCUCAGCCAAGCCAUGAACCGCUGCCCUUGCAGGUGCCGGAGCCCUUUGGGGCAGGCAGCUCGAUCUCUCUACCAGUUGGUGACUGGGUCACUGUCGCCAGACAGCGUGGAGGAUGAGUUUGAACUGUCCACGGUGUGUCACCGGCCUGAAGGUCUGGAACAGCUCCAGGAACAAACUAAGUUCACGCGCAGAGAGUUGCAGGUCCUAUACCGAGGCUUCAAGAACGAAUGCCCCAGUGGAAUUGUCAACGAGGAGAACUUCAAGCAGAUUUAUUCUCAGUUCUUUCCCCAAGGAGACUCCAGCAACUACGCUGCUUUUCUCUUCAACGCCUUUGACACCAACCAUGACGGCUCUGUCAGUUUUGAGGACUUUGUGGCUGGCUUGUCGGUGAUUCUUCGGGGAACCAUAGAUGAUAGGCUGAACUGGGCCUUCAACUUAUAUGACCUCAACAAAGAUGGCUGCAUCACAAAGGAGGAAAUGCUUGACAUCAUGAAGUCCAUCUAUGACAUGAUGGGCAAGUACACGUAUCCUGCCCUCCGGGAGGAGGCCCCAAGAGAGCACGUGGAGAGCUUUUUCCAGAAGAUGGACAGAAACAAGGACGGUGUGGUGACCAUCGAGGAAUUCAUUGAAUCUUGUCAACAGGACGAGAACAUCAUGAGGUCCAUGCAACUCUUUGAUAAUGUCAUCUAGCUCCCCAGGGAGAGGGGUUAGUGUGUCCUGGGGUGACCGUGCUGUAGCCCUAGUCCAGGUGAAUCUAACCCUCCUCUCCCCGGGUCUGUCCUCAUCCUGCCUGUACCUUGGGGGCUGUAGGGAUUUUGUAGUCCUGAUCCCUGAGCUACAUGCCAAGAGUAGGCAAGCUAAGUCUGGAGGCUGGGGGUGGUGGUGGUAGAUUCCCAACCCCAGACAGCUCUCACCCCCUUCUCGGCUGAUACCCAGUGCUGAGGAUACCCCUGGUGUAGGAACCGAGUGGUUCUCCUCUCCUCCCAGCCCCACUCUAGAAACCGCAUUAGAAAGAAUGUCUCCUGCGAUGGUGCUUUCCCAUCCCCAAUCUCAUAGAUCUUCCUCUAAGACUCCCUUCUCAGAGAACACGCUUUGCCCAUGUCCCCGGCUGCCUUUUCAGCCUAGCCUUUGAGGGCCCCGUGGGAGGGGGGGGACAAGAAAGCAGAAAAAUGUUGGCCCCGAGCCAGUGGUUAGGUCCUAGGAAUUGGCUGGAGUGGAGACCAGAGAGCCCGGGUAGGUUAUGAGAGCCCAGGUUGACUGUCACUGCCGGGUUCCACAGGACUGCUGCCCCGGGUCAGCAGAGUAUGAGUUUCCAGACUUUCCGGAAGGCCUUAUGUCCUUAGCAAUGUCCCAGAAAUUCACCAUGUACUGCUCAGUGUCUUCGGAGAGCCUGGGACCCAGAUGUCUGGUUCCUCCCUGAAUCCUCUCCCUCCUCCUUGCUUGUAUGGUGGGAGCGGUGGCCAGGGGAAGAUGAGUGAGCGGUGUCCUGGAUGAUGCCUGUCAAGGUCCCACCUCCUCUCCGGCUGUCAGCCUUUCCGGUGACAGCUGUCUGAUUCUCUGUGACCCCUAUCUAGAUGUAGAGGCAUGGAGUAAGUCAGGGAUUUUCCUGAACUUUAGUUUUAUCACUCCUAGUGGCUGCCUUAGAGGAAUGGGAAGAAAAGGAUGGGUACUCCAUCUGAACGCAGUGUGGGAGCAUCCCCACGAUGCCCUAGGAUCCCCUAGGGUCCCCUCUCCCUCUCUUUAGUCUACCCAGAGAUGCUCCUGAGCUCACCUAGAGGGCAGGGACUAUAGGAUCCAGGUCUAACCUGUCAUCAGCAUCCUGUCAUGCUGCUGCUCUUGUUCAUAACCCUGCUUGUCUCGUUCAGCGCCCCUUCCCAGUCAGCCAGCAUCUGAGUCUGAGGGAAGGCCCUCACAGCCCCUCCUCCCGUCAGACAUUGCUGACUGCUUUGCAUUUUGGGCUCUUCUACCUAUUUUGUAAAAUAAGAAAGACACCAGAUCCAAUAAAACACAUGGCUAUGCACA